UCAUACUUCAUUCAGAUCUAAGAUCAAUUGAAUUGUUUUUAUAAGAAGUUGCUCAUUUUUCUAUAGGUAAGUCAAAAUUAGAAGAAGAGAACGAAGAAGAAACUCAUCUCUCUAGACAUAGAGAAUAGAAUCCAUGGCUUCUUGGCGAUUCUCUAUUACCUCCCCCACCCUCCUCCUCCUCUUCUCUCUGCUGGUCGUGGAGGCACAUACUUCAAGAAAGCUGAUAUCAAACAAGGAACAAGAAGACCAAAAUACUAGUCAUUUGCUCAAAGAUGGUGAAUUCGAGGAUCCUUCAAUGUACAUGUUUUUAAACUUCAAUGAUCUUAAACUAGGAGCCAAAUUGCUUGUUUACUUCAACAAAAACGAACUUCGAACACUUCCUCCACUUCUCACACGACAAGAAGCUGAUCUCAUUCCUUUCACUAAGUCGAAGCUUGAUUUCCUUCUCAAUCACUUCUCUAUCUCCAAAGAAUCUCCUCAAGGGAAAGCCAUGAAGAAGACCUUGGUACGUUGUAACUACAAGGAAAUUGAAGGAGAGUACCAGUUUUGUGGGACUUCGUUGGAGUCAAUGCUUGAUCUUGCAAAGAAAACAAUAGCGUCUAAUGCUGAUAUCAAGGUCAUGACGACUAAAGUAAUUGCCCAAAACACAACAAGCUACGCUUUACAUAACUAUACGUUCGUCGAGACUCCAAAGGAGCUUGUUGGGAUUAAAAUGUUGGGAUGUCAUAGAUGUGAAAAUGAAGCAAUAAGAAACAAGAUGGUGGGUUAAGGUCUCAAGACAAUGAAGAUACCACUGCAAGGGACAAACAUGCAUGGUUGGUUAAGGUCUCAAGACAAUGGAGAUGCUAC